AUGAUCAAAUAUUUCCGAUGUUCCAACUUGAGGCGAAAAGUGCGCCUUAAUCCUUCGAUUACGGCCAAAUAUUUAUUGUUGGAUUGGAUCGUGAAAGCAAUCAUCAUUGUUCUGCUAGUAUUUGGACACCCAUCUCUGAAUCACGUUCAAGGUCUCUCCUUGCACGCACUUCCAUUAUCGUCUUUGUCGUCCCUUCCACUGAAAAACACUCCUCACAGUAGUGGGUCUGCAACGCCACGAACAGUAUUCAAAUCAUCCGUUCAAUAUCAACCCAUGUACACUGGUAUGAAGGUCAAAUUAGUGGGUCGUCAAACCAAGUACUUUUACAUUCAAGUGAAUGAUACAGAAAGGUCAGAUCAACAACUUGUGUUCACUGCAAGUGUUAUCUCGUCAACGAAACCAGAUAAUAGGUUUUCCCUUAGUAUAGAUGUCGAUUCAUGUGUUAUUACUUCCUCUAAAUAUCCCAUCAAUGCUGACCUUAAUAGAGAUAAUUAUCAACAUUCUGCCUUAUUUCAAAACUGUAAAAACAUUCCAUACAUGUAUGUGGAUGUAAGUUCUGAUCUGGCAGCACAAGAAUACGGUAAGGUUCAAUUUGGCUUUGAACAGAAACCCUACUCGGACAACACCAUUAUCAUCACCAUUCCAAGCUUUUUGGUUCCUCUAUUAGGUUUGGGAUUUGCUGCCAUUGUAAUGGUGUAUGCCUUUGUAAAAAAGAAGAUGCGACAAACCAUCAACAAGAUUGUGGACGAAUCUCAAGUACCUGAGGAGGACGACGGUAAGGUCGACGAAAAAAAGAAACACAAGAGGGAUAAAAUUGCGCACGAUAAUUCACACAAGAAUAAUACUUCACAAAGUAUUCCACCCUCUCAACCACCAUCUGCGGUAACAUCACGUGUCCAAGUGACUGAGGUCAAUCAAAAAGGUAUUGCUCCUCCAAUUCGAGAAGUGGUCACAAAUUAUUCAAAUGAAGGCAUUGUAAAUUAUGUUCAACCCCAUGUCUACCAGCAACAGCAGCAUGUGAUUGAUCAAAAUAUGAAUUUUCAACCACCAAUUCCUUAUCCUAUUCAAAAUGAUAAUUAUAUUCCUCAACCAAUAUUCAACCCUAUUGGCAUGCAAGGAGACUAUCCUCCCCCACCUUAUCCAAAUACAAUGAACCAAGCAGGAAUGAUUACUAGUACAACAACAACUACAGUUCUUGUUGGUCCUCCCAUUGGUGACAACAAUCUUUCUCACAUCCAGCCUCUAGAACCAUAG